AUGGAUGAAAUAAGCAGCUUCCUUGGAAGAAAGUUUGGCGGCCUUCCAAAGCUUGCUCUCCUCUACUCAACAUCACAAAUCACCACCUGUUUGACGGAGUUCACUUCAAAUGCUGCCACUGCGUCCCUGCUGCUACCGAUAUUGUUCAGUUUGUCUUCCGAACUGAAGCUUCACCCAUUUCUGCUCACUUUACCCGCAACCGUUGGGGCAUCGUUUGCUUUUUCACUCCCAGCUGCGACAGCUCCAAACUCCAUUGUGUUCUCCAACGGACGUGUUAAAGUACUUCACAUGUUGAAAACUGGUAUUCCCCUCAACAUCAUCGGGAACCUUGUCACUUUCGUGGCAAUGGUAACCUACGCAAGACCGCUUUUCAAGCUCGACUCUGUACCAACAUGGGCAAUAAACGCUACAAUGAGCCGGCCGUUACUUUCCCAGUCAAUAUAA